UUUACACACCAGCUCGGUUUUGUGUUUUUCCCCAACCUUUUUUGACGCUUGUAUUUGUGAAUGAAAGCGGCUGAGGAAGAGGAGGAGGCGCAGGUUAAGUGGACGCUGUUUCCAGUGCACGGGUCACCUCCUUUAAUGCGCAAAAACGCGUUUUCCCCUACAAACCUCUGACUUUGUGCGCCGCUCUGGAGGGAGCUGCAAACUUUUUUCUUUUAAAAAAAUAAAUAAAAAGCUCGGAUUGCAUUCUUUCCCCCUUCAAACAUUUUGGAGGUGAUGUCAUCGGCCCGUGUUUUGGCUGCUGCAAUUGCGCUCGAGCUCCAGGCAGCGGGCAGCGAUUGAGUCCGGGAAAUCAGGUGCAGAGAGCGGCUAUCGCGGGUGUCUGCUUUCACUUUGCCACAUCCUCUGAGCUGGACCACGGCGGGCUCUCAUCUGCGCGUCUCCAGCGCCAUGGACGCGUAAACGCCGCCGCAGGGCGCAGCAGCCAUGACCGAGCCCACUCCGUGGUACCUGGUGUCCAGCUCGCAGCCGCGUCUUCAUUGCUCCAUCCCCGUCCAGGUGCUCUGCCUCACGCGGCGCGUCAGCACUAAAGCACCCGCACGAAUCCAUGUUUGCGCACUCCCGUUUCAUGGAUCUCAUCUGUUUUAAGCCCAAUCAAUAAGCUCUCUGUGCCCGUGGAAGGACAUUUUUGAAUGUAAAGCUUCAGACUGGAAAGUUACGCUUGGACAGCCACGUAGUACUACUUGGAAAUACUGGGCACGAACCCGAUUUCCCUGUCUGUUGGGUUCCAGGAAGCCUUUUCGCAGCCAGAAAGUUUUUUUAUAUAUAUAUUUUACGAGCUUUCACGGAAACGGCGCAUAGGUGUGGGUCGGUGUUUGAACUUCACUUCACCUGUUUCCCACACUCCGGAGGAUAGAGCUGCGCCCCGCCUCCUGUCCGUUACCGACCGACUGAGCGCGCACCAAGAUGCAGUACAGCGGUGCCAGCGGGAGCAUCCGCGGACCGUGCGUUCAAACGGAUUAAACAGGGCAGACGCGAAGCUGUGACCCGGGAGAGCCAUUUCUAAAGCGCGCACGGAGCCACUCGGACGCGGAGGAAGCGAUGUGGGCCUUUCUCUCCACGCUGGCUGUCUUGUAUAUCCAGAUAAUGCUGGUCAUGUGUAAUCCGCUACAGGUGUUUGGUGUGGAUGGGGUGAAUUUCAGCGUGCAUGUGGAGAAUCAGACGCGUGCACGAGACGCCAUGAGCCGACGACAUCAUCGCGUGUACCAGCUCUACAGCCGCACGAGUGGAAAGCAUGUCCAGGUGCUCGGACGCAAAAUCAGCGCUCGUGGAGAAGAUGGAGACAAAUAUGCCCAGCUCGUUGUGGAAGCAGACACCUUCGGUAGCCAGGUGCGAAUCAGAGGGAAGGAAACCAAUUUUUACCUGUGCAUGAACCGCAGGGGGAAGCUCAUAGGCAAGAAGGUCAGUAAUCGUAGCGCGGAUUGCGUCUUCGUGGAAAAGGUUUUGGAAAACAAUUACACAGCGCUCAUGUCAGCACGCUACGCGGGAUGGUACGUGGGCUUUACCAAAAGAGGGCGCCCUCGCCGCGGUCCGCAGACGCUACCAAACCAGCAGGACGUCCACUUCAUGAAGCGCUUUCCUCCCGGAGAGCAGCCGGACUUAACGCCGUUCCGCUUCACCACCGUUAGCAAGAGGAUCAAGAAAGUCCGUGCAGCACGACCACGCUAAUGCUAAACCUCCACUGUCUCGCUGCGAGACCACGCUUACAUGAGGACAAGAAAUAAACCCAGACAGUCCAGUGAAAAUGACACGGCUAAUGCAAAGCAGGAUUUGAGAUAGGACAGUCGCGACUUAUUUGAACGGACAAUGCUAAAUGCUAAUCUAAGGACGCCACUUCAUAUUUCACUGGGUUGGACGUCGUACAACCCUACUGAUAAACACUAGCUAAUUCACACCAGAACUGUGGCUUACGACAGCUUACUUCAGACACUGAGAAGUCGAACCAAAGCAAACACAACGGGACGGCCAGCCCAGCGAAGUCUCUACGGGCGGACGAAGCAUUAGGCUGUUUAUCCCGCUAACGGCCCACAAUCCCAUAAUGGAGAAACAAUCCUCCCAGCACUCUAAACAAAACACAACCACAUUGGCCUGUAGACGCUGAUCGUGUUACAAUUUUCCCAAGACAAGACUUCCAAGCUUGGACGUGAUCCCGCUUAAGGGAGAGGAACAGACAUCCCUGAACUGGAGAAGAAUAUGGACUCGGAUUGGAAUCAGAAAGAGAGAGAGGUUGGAGAAUAUCACAAGCCCUUUUGAGAUUUAAUCACGUUCAGGAUAUGAAUUAAUUCAAUUUUCACUAGAUAAAAUCCCAAUUCAUGACAUCAGAAGUUACAUUUAAUCUAGUAAACUGUUACAUAAAAUAAUCUUGAUCAGGGACGGAUUAUGACCUGCAGACGUCCUGGGGCCAAUUAUCUGCAAUGGCCCCCCCCCUCCUCCCAAAAGUUGUUGAGGGCUGGGGGUUUGUUGUUCA